CACCCCUAGCUUCAGUGAUAAGAAAGCUCCGCACAGCUGACGGACCAAAAUCCAAAACAAACUCGAAGCGAGGGCCCACGGCCUGUUGACCAAGUGCGAUGCCUUCAGUCGCGACUUUUGUGCCACGCGGCGUAUACGCAACGCGCACCGGCAAAUAACGAAUCAGGCGGAUAUAUCGGCGGGACAAGGCUAUAUAAGCAGGGGAUGCGCACCAAAAGCCAACAGAUGGUCGCUGACUGUGCACGCGUGUGGUUAUCGGAGAUCAGUAAACAGCCCAACUAAACACCGAAACUUACUGUAAUAAAAAAACGGGGAAUAAGCGAAAUAAUCAAAAUGCGGCCGCAUAUUUAUUUUGAAUUUUGAGGCGGCCGAGCGGCCCCAAACUCUUUGGAUCUGCACGGAAUCCAGAAUUCCGAGAGGUAUGCCAUCGACGCAGUGUUUUGUGUUUGUUUUCCCACAAUGUGCCGUCAUUAAAAAGUUGAAGUGUGAGGAUUUCGCACGGAGCCUCGACAUUUACGACCGUUUUUCCCUGAUGCGAAGUGGUCCGCGGAAAUUCGCUAAUUGUCCGCCGGACGUUCCGCAGUUGUCGGUAUUUAUUAUGAUUAUUUUUCCGAACGCGCUCCAAUGAAUCUGGACUGCAAGUUGUGAAUAUAUCGAGAAAAAAAUUAUUAUUCCCCCGCAAGUCUUUCGGGAUAACAAAUCUUUCGAGCACGUAAUGCCAAGUGAAGUGCGUGGGCAAAGAGCAAAAAUUAUUUUUGAACACAAUACGGGACAGUUGGUGUCCUUGAGAAUCUACUGAGUUCAAGAGCAAAGACACAACGCGAAGUCCCAUGAGUGCAUUCCAAGUUGAAAACUAAGUGAGCAACUGCUGCUUUGGCAGCCGGAAAAACAGAGAUUCACUCGUGUCACUCGCAGAAGGAAAAACAACAACCGACGGCCAGGAAAACAAUACGGUACCACGCACUAUAGCAAAUAUAUAGCAUACAUAUCCCCAGGGCGAAGGAGAUUGCCAGGACGAUGAUAAUCAGCAUGAACCAGACGGAACCCACCCAGCUGGCGGCUGGGGAGCAUCUUAGUGGAUACGCCAGCAGCAGCAACAGCGUGCGCUAUCUGGACGACCGGCAUCCGCUGGACUACCUUGACCUGGGCACGGUGCAUGCCCUCAACACCACUGCCAUCAACACCUCGGAUCUGAACGAGACUGGGAGCAGGCCGCUGGACCCGGUGCUCAUCGAUAGGUUCCUGAGCAACAGGGCGGUGGACAGCCCCUGGUACCACAUGCUCAUCAGCAUGUACGGCGUGCUAAUCGUCUUCGGCGCCCUAGGCAACACCCUGGUGGUCAUAGCCGUCAUCCGGAAGCCCAUCAUGCGCACUGCUCGCAAUCUGUUCAUCCUGAACCUGGCCAUAUCGGACCUACUUUUAUGCCUAGUCACCAUGCCGCUGACCUUGAUGGAGAUCCUGUCCAAGUACUGGCCCUACGGCUCCUGCUCCAUCCUGUGCAAAACGAUUGCCAUGCUGCAGGCACUUUGUAUUUUCGUGUCGACAAUAUCCAUAACGGCCAUUGCCUUCGACAGAUAUCAGGUGAUCGUGUACCCCACGCGGGACAGCCUGCAGUUCGUGGGCGCGGUGACGAUCCUGGCGGGGAUCUGGGCACUGGCACUGCUGCUGGCCUCGCCGUUGUUCGUCUACAAGGAGCUGAUCAACACAGACACGCCGGCGCUCCUACAGCAGAUCGGGCUGCAGGACACGAUCCCGUACUGCAUCGAGGACUGGCCAAGUCGCAACGGGCGCUUCUACUACUCGAUCUUCUCGCUGUGCGUACAAUACCUGGUGCCCAUCCUGAUCGUCUCGGUGGCCUACUUCGGGAUCUACAACAAGCUAAAGAGCCGCAUCACCGUGGUGGCCGUUCAGGCGUCCUCCGCCCAGCGAAAGGUGGAGCGGGGGCGGCGGAUGAAGCGCACCAACUGCCUGCUGAUCAGCAUCGCCAUCAUCUUUGGCGUUUCUUGGCUGCCGCUGAACUUUUUCAACCUGUACGCGGACAUGGAGCGCUCGCCGGUCACUCAGAGCAUGCUAGUACGCUACGCCAUCUGCCACAUGAUCGGCAUGAGCUCCGCCUGCUCCAACCCGCUGCUCUACGGCUGGCUCAACGACAACUUCCGUAAAGAAUUUCAAGAACUGCUCUGCCGUUGCUCAGACACUAAUGUUGCUCUUAACGGUCACACGACAGGCUGCAACGUCCAGGCGGCGGCGCGCAGGCGUCGCAAGUUGGGCGCCGAACUCUCCAAGGGCGAGCUCAAGCUGCUGGGGCCGGGCGGUGCCCAGAGCGGUACCGCCGGCGGCGAGGGCGGUCUGGCGGCCACCGACUUCAUGACCGGCCACCACGAGGGCGGACUGCGCAGCGCCAUAACCGAGUCGGUGGCCCUCACGGACCACAACCCAGUGCCCUCGGAGGUCACCAAGCUGAUGCCGCGGUAAAGCACAGGGUAGUCCUAAGGUCCUUGAGGUCUGGUCUCGUGUCUAAGUCCUCAGGACACACGCGUGCAUGUCCUUUUGUGCGCCCUCGGGCUGAUUGGAUUUGCAUGCUCCAAACGUCGCUGCUGCUCGCUUUACGUUUCACUUGUUCCAACUGCAACUGCCACCUCUGCAGCACACUGAACGAAAAGCCGUGUCCUUUAAUCGGGAAACACUCUGGCUGUUAAUUCUAUAAGCAGACGAGUCAAACGUUUCUAGCGUUCUAAAAGUUCCUAGCUUAUGUUUAUUUUUAUAUUAUUAUUAUUUAUUUUUAUUUAUUUUAUUUUAUAUAUCAAUAACGAUAGCUUCGUUCCCAAUUAUAUGCUUGUUUUCAUCUUUUUUAAUGUAACAAUUGAUCAAAAGCCAAAAGCAAGAUUUGAAAUAUUUGUGAAAAUAUCGUUUCCCAAUUUGUUCACCUUAACUUUAUCUUAAGAUACUCCUAAUCUUUAUUCCGAUAAUCAUUAACUUAACAUUACUAAUUGUACAAAUAUUUCUGAUCUAAGGGGCUUGCUCUUUCCGGCUCCAACAUGGAUUACUUUUCAGUUGACUAACUAGGCAUAUAUUUUUGUCAGUGUAUGCAUGCGCUUCUCUUAUCGUUGCCUUGUCGAGCUGUAACUCUUGUCGUUGCCAUGUUGUGACAUUAUUUGCUUUUGAGCAGCAAUCGAUUAUGACCCGCCUUUUGUGACACAUUUUCAGUUUGGAACAGUACUAAAUUGGCAAUCAAUCCUGGAGCAGCGGGCGGCUGGAGCAGCGUUCUAGGGAGGCGACUGACUGUCGCCCUUAGACUUAACACAUAUUGUCCAGUGAUCCAAAGCCAAGCUGAGUUAGCCCUAAGUUAAGACACACCCGAGUAAGAGCUUGAAGCCUGUAAUCUAUUCUUAAACGACCAUCUCAUGGCAUCCAUCAUCAACGUCGGACUAAGUCUAUGGUUAGAUCACUUUCGUAUCGAAUGCCGAAAAGUAAUUGAAUGAGCCCCCAAUUGGAUUUCGGGUAUUUGAUAAGUCGAAUAUGCCUAAGACUCGAAUAAGUUCUCUCAACAGUUCCUAGGAAAUAUUUUCGUUUUAUCUCAUAGCAUUUCUUGGUAUCAUCUAAGCUAAGGAUUAGCUAUAAUUGAUGUUCCGUUCGCUAUUCAAUAAUGAUAGGAUAAGUUGAAGUUCACUAAGCCAAAGUGAAUUUAAAGUAUAGUCCAUAAUUGUAAAAGAUAACUUUAAAAUAAAUGUCAGCUGCUCUUAAACAUUCAA